UGCAGGGCGGACUGGGCGGGGCAGGAUUGCACAGGACCCAAGCCGGGGCAGGCGGAUGCGGCGACUCCUCUGCGCCGCGCUCCGCACCCCUCGCGCGCGCGCCCCCAAGCUCCCCUUCCUCUGUCGCCCUCCCGUCGUUUGCCUCCACCCCCACCAGCCCGCACCCUGCCUCGGCUCCUUCCGGACGCGCUCGGUUCUUUCCGUAGGGUAGUGGAGCGGCGAGUCCCGCCCCUCGCGUCGUCGAGCCGUGCACUUCUCCCACGCUCGCCCUCGGCCGCCGCGGGAGCGCGCGCGGUCGCCUAUAAAACCCCGGUGUGCGCGCGCCACCGUCACUAUCCGCUGCGGAGCGAACGGCGUGAGGCAGGAGCCGCGGCGGCGCAUCUUUUUCCUCAGCAGCCCUCAGCGCGGCGACCCACGCCCCUCACCCCCGGGAGCCGAAAAUGGAUCCAAGUGGGGUCAAAGUGCUGGAAACAGCAGAGGACAUCCAGGAGAGACGACAGCAGGUCCUGGAUCGGUACCACCGCUUCAAGGAGCUCUCUACCUUGCGGCGGCAGAAGCUGGAAGAUUCCUAUCGGUUCCAGUUUUUUCAGAGAGAUGCUGAAGAGCUGGAGAAGUGGAUUCAGGAGAAGCUUCAAGUUGCAUCUGAUGAGAACUACAAAGACCCAACCAACCUACAGGGAAAGCUCCAGAAGCACCAAGCCUUUGAAGCUGAAGUACAAGCCAACUCAGGAGCUAUUGUCAAGCUGGAUGAGACUGGAAACCUAAUGAUCUCAGAAGGGCAUUUUGCAUCUGAAACCAUCCGGACACGUUUGAUGGAGCUGCACCGACAAUGGGAGUUGCUUUUGGAGAAGAUGCGUGAAAAAGGAAUCAAACUACUUCAGGCACAGAAGCUGGUGCAGUAUUUGCGAGAGUGUGAGGAUGUAAUGGACUGGAUCAAUGACAAGGAAGCCAUUGUGACUUCUGAGGAGCUGGGCCAGGACCUGGAGCAUGUGGAAGUUCUACAAAAGAAAUUUGAAGAGUUUCAGACUGAUCUGGCUGCUCAUGAAGAAAGGGUUAAUGAAGUAAACCAGUUUGCUGCCAAGCUCAUCCAGGAGCAGCACCCAGAAGAGGACCUGAUCAAGACCAAGCAGGAUGAGGUGAAUGCAGCUUGGCAGCGACUGAAAGGCCUGGCUCUUCAACGGCAGGGGAAGCUGUUUGGUGCUGCUGAGGUUCAGCGCUUUAACAGGGAUGUAGAUGAGACCAUUGGUUGGAUUAAGGAGAAGGAGCAGUUAAUGGCCUCGGAUGACUUUGGCAGAGACCUAGCAAGUGUUCAAGCUCUGCUUCGGAAGCAUGAGGGUCUGGAGAGAGAUCUUGCUGCUCUAGAGGACAAGGUGAAAGCCCUGUGUGCCGAGGCUGACCGCCUGCAACAGUCACACCCUCUAAGUGCCAACCAGAUCCAGGUGAAGCGAGAGGAGCUGAUUACCAACUGGGAACAGAUCCGAACUCUGGCAGCAGAGAGACAUGCACGGCUUGAUGACUCAUACAGGCUUCAGCGCUUUCUUGCUGACUUCCGUGACCUCACAAGCUGGGUGACUGAAAUGAAAGCCCUCAUCAAUGCAGAUGAGCUGGCCAAUGACGUGGCUGGUGCUGAAGCUUUGCUGGAUAGGCAUCAAGAGCACAAGGGUGAAAUCGAUGCUCAUGAAGACAGCUUUAAGUCUGCAGAUGAGUCUGGGCAGGCUCUGCUUGCGGCCAGUCACUAUGCCUCAGAUGAAGUGAGGGAGAAGCUGAGCAUCCUCUCUGAGGAGAGAACUGCCCUGCUGGAGCUGUGGGAGCUUCGGAGGCAGCAGUACGAGCAGUGCAUGGACUUGCAGCUCUUCUACCGUGACACUGAGCAGGUGGACAACUGGAUGAGCAAGCAGGAGGCAUUCCUGCUAAAUGAAGACUUGGGUGACUCCUUAGACAGUGUGGAAGCGCUUUUGAAGAAGCAUGAGGACUUUGAGAAAUCCCUCAGUGCCCAGGAAGAAAAAAUCACAGCACUGGAUGAGUUUGCAACCAAACUAAUCCAAAAUAACCACUAUGCAAUGGAAGAUGUGGCCACUCGUCGAGAUGCGCUCCUGAGUCGCCGCAAUGCCCUUCAUGAGCGGGCCAUGCACCGCCGGGCCCAGCUGGCUGACUCCUUCCACCUGCAGCAGUUCUUCCGUGAUUCUGAUGAGCUCAAAAGUUGGGUCAACGAGAAGAUGAAAACUGCUACUGAUGAAGCUUAUAAAGAUCCAUCCAACCUGCAAGGGAAGGUCCAGAAGCAUCAGGCUUUUGAGGCUGAGCUCUCCGCAAACCAGAGCCGUAUCGAUGCCCUAGAGAAAGCUGGGCAAAAGUUAAUAGAUGUCAACCACUAUGCCAAGGAAGAAGUAGCAGCUCGUAUGAAUGAAGUUAUCAGUUUGUGGAAGAAACUUCUAGAAGCCACAGAACUGAAAGGAAUAAAGCUCCGUGAAGCCAACCAACAGCAACAAUUUAAUCGUAAUGUUGAGGACAUUGAAUUGUGGCUAUAUGAAGUUGAAGGUCACUUGGCUUCAGAUGAUUAUGGCAAAGACCUCACCAAUGUCCAGAACCUCCAGAAGAAGCAUGCCCUGCUAGAGGCAGAUGUGGCUGCUCACCAGGAUCGAAUUGAUGGCAUCACAAUUCAGGCCCGCCAGUUCCAAGAUGCUGGCCAUUUUGAUGCCGAAAACAUUAAGAAGAAGCAAGAGGCUCUUGUGGCCCGCUAUGAGGCUCUCAAGGAACCCAUGGUAGCCCGGAAACAGAAGCUGGCAGAUUCUCUGCGCCUGCAGCAGCUCUUCCGAGAUGUGGAGGAUGAGGAAACCUGGAUUCGAGAAAAGGAGCCUAUUGCUGCAUCUACUAACAGAGGCAAAGAUCUAAUUGGAGUCCAGAAUCUGCUAAAGAAACACCAAGCUUUACAAGCAGAAAUUGCUGGACACGAACCCCGCAUCAAAGCAGUGACCCAAAAGGGAAACACCAUGGUGGAGGAAGGCCAUUUUGCUGCAGAGGAUGUGAAGGCCAAACUGAGUGAGCUCAACCAGAAAUGGGAGGCACUAAAAGCCAAAGCCUCUCAGCGGAGGCAAGAUCUAGAGGACUCGCUGCAGGCCCAGCAGUACUUUGCCGAUGCCAACGAGGCUGAGUCCUGGAUGCGGGAGAAGGAGCCCAUUGUGGGCAGUACCGACUAUGGGAAGGACGAGGACUCUGCUGAGGCUCUCCUUAAGAAGCAUGAGGCUUUAAUGUCCGAUCUCAGCGCCUAUGGCAGCAGCAUCCAGGCUUUGCGAGAGCAAGCUCAGUCAUGCCGGCAACAAGUUGCCCCCAUGGAUGAUGAGACUGGGAAGGAGCUAGUUCUGGCUCUCUAUGACUAUCAGGAGAAGAGCCCUCGUGAGGUCACGAUGAAGAAAGGGGAUAUCCUCACCUUGCUCAACAGUACUAACAAGGAUUGGUGGAAAGUGGAGGUGAAUGAUCGUCAGGGUUUUGUGCCUGCUGCGUAUGUGAAGAAGCUGGAUCCCGCCCAGUCGGCCUCAAGGGAGAACCUCCUAGAAGAGCAGGGCAGCAUCGCUCUGCGUCAGGGCCAAAUCGACAACCAGACACGCAUAACUAAGGAGGCCGGCAGUGUAUCUCUGCGUAUGAAACAGGUGGAAGAACUAUAUCAGUCUCUUCUGGAACUGGGUGAGAAGAGGAAAGGCAUGUUGGAGAAGAGUUGCAAGAAGUUUAUGUUGUUCCGGGAAGCAAAUGAGCUACAGCAGUGGAUCAAUGAGAAGGAAGCUGCCCUAACGAGUGAAGAGGUUGGCGCAGACUUGGAGCAGGUUGAGGUGCUGCAAAAGAAGUUUGACGAUUUCCAGAAGGAUCUGAAAGCCAAUGAGUCUCGGCUGAAGGACAUUAACAAAGUAGCUGAGGACCUGGAGUCUGAAGGUCUGAUGGCAGAGGAAGUACAGGCUGUGCAGCAGCAGGAGGUGUAUGGCAUGAUGCCCAGGGAUGAAGCAGAUUCCAAGACAGCCUCCCCAUGGAAGUCUGCUCGCCUGAUGGUCCACACAGUGGCCACCUUCAACUCCAUCAAGGAGCUGAAUGAGCGUUGGCGGUCCCUGCAACAGCUGGCUGAGGAACGUAGCCAGCUCUUGGGCAGUGCACACGAAGUACAGAGGUUCCACAGAGAUGCUGAUGAAACCAAAGAAUGGAUUGAAGAGAAGAAUCAGGCUCUGAACACAGACAAUUAUGGCCAUGAUUUAGCCAGUGUCCAGGCCCUGCAGCGCAAACAUGAAGGCUUCGAGAGGGACCUUGCAGCUCUUGGCGACAAAGUGAAUUCUCUUGGGGAGACAGCCCAGCGCCUGAUACAGUCCCACCCUGAAUCUGCAGAGGACUUAAAGGAAAAGUGCACAGAGUUAAAUCAGGCCUGGACCAGCCUAGGGAAACGUGCAGACCAGCGCAAGGCCAAAUUGGGUGACUCCCAUGACCUGCAACGCUUCCUUAGCGAUUUCCGGGACCUUAUGUCUUGGAUCAAUGGAAUACGAGGGUUGGUAUCUUCAGAUGAGCUAGCCAAGGAUGUCACUGGAGCUGAAGCUUUGCUGGAGCGACACCAGGAACACCGGACAGAAAUUGAUGCCAGGGCUGGCACUUUCCAGGCAUUUGAGCAGUUUGGCCAGCAGCUGUUGGCUCAUGGACACUAUGCCAGCCCAGAGAUCAAGGAGAAACUUGAUAUUCUUGACCAGGAGCGCACAGACCUGGAGAAGGCGUGGGUCCAGCGCAGGAUGAUGUUAGACCACUGUCUUGAGUUGCAGCUGUUCCAUCGGGACUGUGAGCAAGCAGAGAACUGGAUGGCUGCCCGGGAGGCCUUCUUAAACACAGAAGACAAAGGAGACUCUCUGGACAGUGUGGAGGCUCUGAUCAAAAAACAUGAAGACUUUGACAAAGCUAUCAACGUACAGGAGGAAAAGAUAGCUGCCCUGCAGGCCUUUGCCGACCAGCUCAUUGCUGUUGACCACUAUGCCAAGGGAGACAUUGCAAACCGACGCAAUGAGGUCCUUGACAGGUGGCGCCGCCUGAAAGCCCAGAUGAUUGAGAAAAGGUCAAAACUUGGAGAAUCUCAAACACUUCAGCAGUUCAGCCGGGAUGUGGAUGAAAUUGAAGCCUGGAUCAGUGAGAAGUUACAGACAGCAAGUGAUGAGUCAUAUAAGGACCCCACCAAUAUUCAGCUUUCCAAGCUGCUGAGUAAACACCAGAAGCACCAAGCCUUUGAGGCAGAACUGCACGCCAAUGCUGACCGAAUCCGUGGAGUCAUCGACAUGGGCAACUCCCUCAUCGAGCGUGGGGCCUGUGCUGGCAGUGAGGAUGCCGUCAAGGCCCGUCUAGCUGCCCUUGCAGACCAGUGGCAGUUCCUGGUGCAGAAAUCAGCUGAGAAGAGCCAGAAGCUAAAAGAGGCCAAUAAGCAGCAGAACUUCAACACUGGAAUCAAAGACUUUGACUUCUGGCUCUCUGAGGUGGAGGCUCUCCUGGCAUCUGAAGACUAUGGCAAAGACCUUGCUUCUGUGAACAAUUUGCUGAAAAAGCAUCAGCUGCUAGAGGCAGAUAUAUCAGCCCAUGAGGAUCGUCUGAAGGACCUGAACAGCCAGGCUGACAGCCUGAUGACCAGCAGUGCCUUCGACACCUCCCAAGUGAAAGAGAAGCGGGACACCAUCAACGGACGCUUCCAGAAGAUCAAGAACAUGGCAACUUCCCGAAGAGCAAAACUGAGCGAGUCCCAUCGCCUGCACCAGUUCUUCCGAGACAUGGACGAUGAGGAGUCCUGGAUUAAGGAGAAGAAGCUGCUAGUGAGCUCUGAAGACUAUGGCAGAGACCUUACUGGUGUUCAGAACCUGAGGAAGAAACACAAGCGGCUAGAAGCCGAGCUGGCUGCGCAUGAGCCGGCCAUUCAGGGUGUAUUGGACACUGGGAAAAAGCUGUCUGAUGACAAUACCAUUGGACAGGAAGAGAUCCAGCAGCGUCUUGCGCAAUUUGUGGAGCACUGGAAGGAACUGAAGCAGCUAGCAGCUGCACGGGGUCAGCGGCUAGAGGAGUCCUUGGAGUAUCAGCAGUUUGUAGCCAAUGUGGAAGAGGAAGAGGCGUGGAUCAACGAGAAAAUGACUCUGGUGGCCAGUGAAGAUUAUGGAGACACUCUUGCUGCCAUCCAGGGCUUACUGAAGAAACAUGAAGCUUUUGAGACAGACUUCACUGUCCACAAGGAUCGGGUGAAUGAUGUCUGUACUAAUGGACAAGACCUCAUUAAGAAGAACAAUCACCACGAGGAGAACAUCUCUUCAAAGAUGAAGGGUCUGAAUGGGAAGGUGUCUGAUCUGGAGAAAGCAGCAGCUCAGAGAAAAGCUAAGCUGGAUGAGAACUCAGCCUUCCUUCAGUUCAACUGGAAGGCUGAUGUGGUAGAAUCCUGGAUUGGUGAAAAGGAGAACAGCUUGAAAACGGAUGACUAUGGCAGAGAUCUGUCUUCUGUCCAAACUCUGCUCACCAAGCAGGAGACCUUUGAUGCUGGCCUACAGGCCUUCCAGCAGGAGGGCAUUGCCAAUAUCACUGCUCUCAAAGACCAGCUGCUAGCCGCCAAGCACAUUCAGUCUAAGGCCAUCGAGGCCCGACAUGCCUCUCUCAUGAAGAGAUGGACCCAGCUGUUGGCCAACUCAGCUACCCGGAAGAAGAAGUUGCUGGAGGCCCAGAGUCAUUUCCGAAAGGUAGAAGACCUCUUCCUUACCUUUGCCAAAAAGGCAUCAGCCUUCAACAGCUGGUUUGAGAAUGCAGAAGAGGACCUGACAGACCCAGUGCGCUGCAACUCUCUGGAAGAAAUCAAAGCCCUCCGUGAGGCUCAUGAUGCCUUCCGCGCAUCCCUCAGCUCUGCACAGGCCGAUUUCAACCAGCUAGCCGAACUGGACCGACAGAUCAAGAGUUUCCGGGUAGCCUCAAACCCCUAUACCUGGUUCACGAUGGAGGCCCUGGAAGAGACCUGGAGGAACCUACAGAAGAUCAUUAAGGAGCGGGAGCUGGAGCUGCAAAAGGAGCAGCGGCGGCAGGAAGAGAAUGACAAGUUGCGCCAGGAGUUUGCCCAGCAUGCCAACGCCUUCCACCAAUGGAUCCAGGAGACCAGAACGUAUCUCCUCGACGGGUCCUGCAUGGUAGAAGAGUCAGGGACUCUGGAAUCUCAGCUUGAAGCUACCAAACGCAAGCACCAAGAGAUUCGAGCCAUGAGAAGUCAGCUGAAGAAGAUUGAGGACCUGGGGGCUGCCAUGGAGGAGGCCCUUAUUCUGGACAACAAGUACACUGAGCACAGCACUGUGGGCCUGGCCCAGCAGUGGGACCAGCUGGAUCAGCUGGGCAUGCGCAUGCAGCACAACCUGGAGCAGCAGAUCCAGGCCAGGAACACAACUGGAGUGACCGAGGAGGCGCUCAAGGAAUUCAGCAUGAUGUUCAAACACUUUGACAAGGACAAGUCUGGCCGGCUGAACCAUCAGGAGUUCAAAUCCUGUCUUCGCUCCCUGGGCUACGACCUGCCAAUGGUAGAGGAAGGAGAGCCUGAUCCUGAGUUUGAAGCAAUCCUGGACACCGUUGAUCCCAACAGGGAUGGCCAUGUCUCCCUGCAAGAAUACAUGGCUUUCAUGAUCAGCCGUGAAACGGAGAACGUCAAGUCCAGUGAAGAGAUCGAGAGCGCUUUCCGAGCCCUCAGCUCUGAGGGCAAGCCUUAUGUGACCAAGGAGGAGCUCUACCAGAACCUGACCCGGGAACAAGCUGACUAUUGUGUCUCCCACAUGAAGCCCUACGUGGAUGGCAAGGGUCGUGAACUCCCCACUGCCUUUGACUACGUGGAGUUCACCCGCUCACUCUUUGUGAAUUGAUCUGAGGCUCGUAGGUGAGCCUGACCUGCGCUGCUUGCCCUGCUAUCUCUCACCUGCAUGUCAUUACUCUGCUGUCAGGCAGAAUAUUCCAGACAGUGUUAACUUUCCAUAAGCCUGCUUAGCUUGGGGUAAGACUUAGUAGAAAAUGGUGCUUCAGUAACCCGCUUCCAGUCCAGUCACAAUCACUAUGUUGCUAUGGGACCCAGACCCAUGUUUGAGCCAGCUGCCCUCAUUCCCACUUAAAGUCAAGGCAGCAGGCUCACCUCCCUAGUUCUCUCCCCAGAUUCUGUUUUCAUGUAAAAGACAAAUAAAGGACUCAACUCUCCCCCUAAA